AAUGAAAUGAAGGCACAGGCUCGCCGUGUGCAAUAAAUAAAAUUAAAUGGUGCAUGGGAUGGAUCACGGAUAUGCAUGCAUGCAUGCUUUUGUCCGCCAUGGUCUGUGGGUGGGGUCAGGCACCCUAAAGCUGCUGCCCCCAUUCGUUGCGUAUCUCUAGACCUGACCCCGCACUGCUUUGCUUGCUGGAAAUAAAAAGAAAAGAAGGCCGAUUUACCGAAAGAAGGCCCAUCAGCUAAACGGGCCGGCCUGGGCAACCAACAGCAGCUCUCAGGUUGCUUGGAGAAGCGAGCCGACCCGUCCAACCAGACGCGCCUGCCCUCCUUUUUCUUUAUUACCAAGUGCGGCUGCUGAAGAAGAAGUGAAAGGAAAGCCCGAGGCAUUCAAAACUCUCAUCACCGAGCUUCCUUCCAUUCCAGCCCAAAGCAAGCAAUGCUGCUCCUCCUCGUCCUCCUCCUCGCCGCCUCCCCAGGCGUCGGCGUCCUCGCCGACGUGCCGCCUUCCAACAAGGUGGUCUUCAUCCUGGCGGGCCAGUCCAACAUGGCCGGCCGCGGCGGCGUCGUCGCCAACCGCUGGGACGGACGCGUCCCCGCCGACUGCGCCCCCUCCCCCGCCGUGCUCCGCCUCACUCCGGACCUCCGCUGGGAGCAGGCGCGCGAGCCGCUGCACCAAGGCAUCGACGCCGCCAACCACGCCGUCGGGGUCGGCCCCGGGAUGGCCUUCGCCAACGCGCUGCUCCGCUCCGGACGCGCGGGCGCGGCCGUCGUCGGGCUCGUGCCCUGCGCCGUCGGGGGCACGCGGAUGGCAGAGUGGGCAAAGGGCACCGACCUCUACGCCGAGAUGCUGCGACGGGCAAGGGUCGCCGUGGAGACGGGGGGACGGAUCGGGGCGCUGCUCUGGUACCAGGGGGAGAGCGACACCGUCAGGUGGUCCGACGCCAACGAGUACGGACGCAGGAUGGGAAUGCUCGUCCGAGACAUCCGAGCCGAUCUAGGCAUCCCGCACCUCCUCGUCAUCCAGCCAGCCACUAUCAAGGUUGGAUUAGCAUCAGGCCUAGGACAGUACACUCAAGUCGUAAGGGAAGCUCAGAAGGGGAUAAAACUCCGGAAUGUCAGAUUUGUCGAUGCAAUGGGGCUGCCAUUGCAAGAUGGCCACCUGCAUCUUAGCACCCAAGCUCAAGUCCAGCUUGGAAAUAUGCUGGCUCAAUCCUAUUUGAAUUAUGGACAUGCGCAUCCUCAAGCCCCAAAACCAUGGUGGCUGCAAAUCAUGCUACUCUGCUGCUUCGUUUUCCUUUGAUGGGGAGCAUGUACAUCAAUCAGCUCAUGUGCCUGUUCCCCUUUUAUCAAGCAGGUGAGGUACUUUACUUGGGUGAGGUGAAAAAGAAACCCAAAUGACUUUCUGCACAUAGUUUAUACCAACAGAGGCAUCCGAUGCCGCUACAAGACUCAUUCCUAUCAGGUGCAGAACAGAUACGAGAACGAGAUACACAAACCAUAUACCAUACUAGUACCUUGAAAAGGAUGAGAGGGCAGAACGUUGUUAAACUGUUUAACUGCUGGAAUUUUGUUAUUGGUUCCAAUGUUUAAAGGCUUGAAAUAAGAUUUUGUUGUACGCC